AUGAUGAAAUUAGCAAAAUUCAGUAGAAUUUUAGCAACUAGAGCAACCGAAAUAAGUUAUGCACUAAUCGCAGUUUACAUCGUCAAAAGAUGUUUGUCAAUGCGUACCGAAGGACGACUUCCAUUUAUUGCAUCACAUUUUCCAUAUGAUUUUUUGAGCAGUCCAAUGUUUGAAUUGACAUUCAUCUUACAAGUGAUCGGUGCAGUUUAUUUUACAACAGCUUAUACAUCAGUCGAUACUUUCUUAACAAUGUUGAUUUUACACGUGUGUGGACAACUUUCGAGAUUGCAAGAUAAUCUGAUUAAUUUAAAUUCUACUUCGAGAGAAGAAUUUAAAAAAAAAUUGGGUUACAUCGUUAGAAGACAUGAUCAUUUAAAUAGAUUCGUCGAUACGAUUGAGGAUCAAUUCAACAUAAUGCUACUUUUACAAAUGCUUGGUUGUACGUUACAAUUAUGCAUGGAAUGUUUUCAAGGACUCAUGUUAAUGGCUGGUGAAGGUGAAAAGAUGCCAUUGAUAGAAAUGUUUUUCUUUGCGUUUUACGUAUUCUAUGUUCUACUACAAUUAUAUUUAUAUUGCUAUGUCGGUGAAAAACUUUGGACGGAGAGUACCGAGGUAGCACGUGCUGCUUACGAAUGCAAAUGGUACGAUUUUUUACCCCACGAAGCAAAAUCACUCAUAUUAAUAAUACAUCGUUCACGAUCACCUUUACGUUUAACCGCUGGAAAAUUCUGUACUUUUAAUCAUGAACUUUACAGUAGCGUUUUGAAAACAUCAAUGGGAUAUUUGUCUGUUUUACGUACGACCAUGAUAAAAGAUGAAUAAUAUUUUCACGAUUUUAUUCUAAU